AAAGUUGGCUGAAAAUAGAGAAUAUUCGUUUUCAUUCAGUCGAAACUGGCCUCAUUUCCAUUUUCAGACUCCAAUUAAUUUCCAAAUGUCUUCAAAUUUAUGCGCAUUUUUAUUUCCCCGCUGUUUUCUAUUUUUUGUUUUCCUCCAAAUUAAUUGUUCGUUUUUCUUACGGCAAAUUAAUUGCAAACGCUUGACAAUUAAACGCGGGCUGCCUUCGGGGGUCAUCGUCAUUAAUGCUAACUGUGAGGGGGUUACGAGCUGUACAUAAAGUCUGGAGGGGGCUCCUAGCCCCCUCUGCCACAGCCAGCGUCGCAGUCGACGCAUUUGGAGUUGUGAAAACUUUGCAGCGACUAAAAUACUAAAUACAGUCUCGUUACAAUCUGAGGAGCGCCCAUCUCGCUCGCACUCGCCGUCUGCCAUCCCUUUUGCACACCAGUCUCAUGAUGAACGCCAUAAUUACCGUUACGUAUACGCCACCAUUGCUAUUUUUUGUUGCUGUAGCCGAUUGGUGCUGAGAGCCGAGCAGAGCGAGACGGCACUAGCAUAAGGGUGUCUCUCUUCUUCGCAGAACGGGUUUUGCUCUCUCGCGAGCGAGACAGAGAAAGAGAGAGAGACGGAGAGCGAGCGAGCGAGCGAGAGCUGCGGCAGAGAGCAGCGGCAGCAAAAGAACUGAAGAAAUAUCGACGUGUCUAGUUAGCAAACCAAUCUUCAAUCUAGUUUCGAACAGUUGACUGCGAAGCGUCGAGUUGAGAGGUCCUACGCUAUUGGAUCAGCGUCGUCGUGUCGAAGCAUCAGUGUAAACUAAUCAAACAAAUCAGAGGAAAUAUAGCAAGAUUCGAGUGUACAAGGCUUGCCAGUAUCGUCAGUACCGACUUGCAGUGUAGUGACAAAGCCGUCUUGAAAAACAGUUAAGUGCUAACCCAAACGAAUCGAAACGAAACUCUCGGAAAAGAAACCAAGUGCUGAAGCGAACCUAAAUGCUCUGCCCUCCAACCAUGCGUCCGGCCAGUCCCGCCGAAUCCGAAAUCUCCGUAGGCGGAGCCCCCAGCCCGCUGCCCACGCAGCACCAUACGCAUCCGCACUCGCAUCCACAUCCGCUGCAGCAUCCGCGGGCCAGCACCAUUGAUCUGCUGCAGCAGCAGCAGCUGCUGAUGCAGCACCAUGCCGCAGCAGCCGCCGCAGCAGCUGCAGCCGCCUCCGGACUCACCCGGAGUGCCGUCGGCAAUCUGCCGGAGGACUACUUCCAUCCGCUGAAGCGCCUGCGCAUGUCCUCGUCCUCCUCGGAGCCACGAGACCACACGCCCAGUCCGCCGUCAGCAGUUCCGGAGCCCCAGACCAACCAGACUACCAAGUCGGCCAUCGAGGGGGUCAAGAGCUUCUCCAUCGCGGACAUCUUGGGUCACUCGGAGAAGCAGCGCGAGGAGUCCGUUUCCCCGCCCCCAAAUGCAAACCUCCUGGCUCCACCUGCCUCCCGGCCCAUUGCCCCCUCGGGCGGAUUACUGCAGCCACGCACGGAACCGUUGGAUGUCCACCCGGCCGCCGCUGCUGCCAUGCUCCUGCCAAGCGGCCAGAUUGUUCGCCCGUGGGAUCACCUCCUGGGGCCGACCAUGCCCGUCCGCCCCUUUAUCCCAUCCGCCCUGCUGCACUACGAGCAGCGCCUUGCCCUGGACUACCAUCGCCAGCUGCAGGAGCACUUCAACGCCCAGGCCCAGCUCCUUCGCCACAUGGGCAUGAAUCCCGCGAUCAUUGCCUCAGAGGAUGGAAGCUCGGAGCGUUCCCAGCGAUCGAGCAGCAGCAAUGGCAGCACCGAAUGCUGCAGCCCACGGCAGGCGGAAAAACUUGAAAAACUAACCACCCAAGAGGGCAGUGAGGAAGCUCAGAAGAAGAAAUCAGAGGAGCAGCCAACGGGUUCAGGAAAGUCAAACGGAGACACUCCUCUCGAUGCCCUCUUCCAAAUGACCACCAAGGACUUUGACGAGUCACAAGAUAAAUCCCACUUGGACAUCUUCUCGAACAGGCCGCAGCCGAAGAAGAAGCGCAAGUCGCGCACCGCCUUCACCAACCACCAGAUCUUCGAGCUGGAGAAGCGGUUCCUCUACCAGAAGUACCUGUCACCAGCGGACCGCGACGAGAUCGCCGCCUCCCUGGGACUGUCCAACGCCCAGGUGAUCACCUGGUUCCAGAACCGGCGGGCCAAGCAGAAGCGAGACAUCGAGGAGCUGAAGAAGGACUUCGAUAGCGUGAAGGUCUUCUCCGCCCACAAGUCCUUUCUGGAGAACGUGAACGACCUUAGUAUCCUCAAGAAGAAGCCCAUGCAUGAGUCGGACAUGGUGGGCCUGGCCGCUGCGGCAGCCGCUGCCGGAAUGGUGGUUCCCGUGCCAGGAUCCGUGCCAAUGGGAGGCGCUCCUCCCAAAUGAGGGCGUGGCCAGGUGCGCACCGAACCGCCAAAGCAACCUGAUGAUUGGUACAGAAAGUGAGCAACGAGGAGUCGAGUAUUUUGUUUAAUUUUGAGCUGAGUGCCGGGAAAGUUGUGAGGCAUAUUUUCGCCCAACGCAUUUCCUGAAGGCAUUCGACGGCCAAAGGAAGAUCCAGGACAUCCUUAACAUCUUCCGUGCCCACGACGCAGAGGGCAAGGGCAACAUUCACUGCCAAGCCCAGAUGGAGACUAACCAGCCAGGACCAAGGCCCCUUUGUGGGCCGUGUAAUCAAGCCAGAACAAUCAUAACCGGAAACGAAAGUGGAAAUGGAACCAGCCAGAACUUGGAUUCGGCUCUACAGCCGGGAUCACAUCGAUUAUAAUCGGCUCUUUUAAGAGCCACCAAACAGAUGAACAAAGAGGCGUUUAAAUUUUUCAUGGAAAGUUGAAAGAGGUUUUGAUAAAGUACAUUUAAAUGGUGUGCUAAAAUGAAUGUGUUUCGUAUAAUAUCAAUAUUUCAAUGCUACAGAACUACAGAG